AAAGUCGGCGAUUCCGAGCCAAGGGUCGUGCAACGUAGCUCGUAUCGUUUGUUUUGUUAGUGGGGUAAAGUCGACGUAUUCUCAUAAACAAGUCGGUUUAUCGGGCAAAAAAAAGGAGCUUUUGGAUUUUCCAGGCAAUCAUGUCCCCCCCGGAAAAACAAUGACUGACGUGUAUCAGUUUAAACCAGUAUGUAAUAACGCAUCUGUAAUCAUCUGCACAUCUGGAAGGGGGGGGAGCAAGCUGUGUGACCGAAGAAGAAUUUUUUUUUUAAAUCGGAUCGAUUGCGGCUAUUAAUUCCGGAAGAGACGACAGAUGUUUUACAAAGUAACGCGGAUCUUUUGGACCUUUCGCUGAAUGGACCUUGCGCACGCAAUUCGGAGACGCAGCGCUUACAACGUGUGGCUCGCGAGCCCAACUAGAUAGUCAGAGCUCACGCAUGAGCGCGUGUGUGACUGCUCUGCAUGCCCGCUGACUACUGGCCAAACCCCUCCAUCCGCCCCGUCCGUCCCACUUUGGGAAAGACCAGACGAGGAGGCAGCCUUCCAUUGGGAGCAGCCGGGGAGCAAACUUUUCGAGAGUCGGCGCACGCACGGCCGCACCGACUUGACAAGUUAAGAGCUGUGCCGGGGAAUGACUCUCCGUCCCUCUCACUUUGUUUGCCGCGUAACCGGUUUUGAGGAGGCGUCGAGAGAGACGGAGCCGCGCGAAUGGGAAUACGGCAGCGCCAGACUCCCAGUGCGCCCUGAGUGAGCGCAGCGACGGAGACAAUACGGAUCCGCGGACCGACUCCUGCCAUCUCCCCGCUCGGGCUCGCCUCGCCCCCCCCCCGCAAAGCCAGUCACAGGGUUGAAUUAUUCUCCUCUUCUCGCUCGCCUCCUCCUCCUCCUUCUCCUCUCUUCUCGACUGACACCAAAAAAAAAAAAUCCGACUUCGCGGCGAGGAGGGCAAGCGUGUGAUCUUCGGACCGAGCCAUGACGUCUCCGGCGAAAUUCCGAAAGGACAAGGAGAUAGUGGCCGAAUAUGAGACGCAAGUUAAAGAGAUUCGAGCCCAGCUGGUGGAGCAGCUCAAGUGUCUGGACCAGCAGUGUGAGCUCAGGGUCCAGCUUCUUCAGGACCUGCAGGAUUUCUUCCGGAAGAAGGCUGAAAUCGAGAUGGACUACAGCCGCAACCUGGAAAAGCUGGCUGAGAGAUUCCUCACCAAGACACGCAGCACCAAGGAUCACCUGCUCAACAGCACUUGUUAUAUUGUUGCACCUAUAGUGGACCACUAG